CACUGCGGCUGGUGUGCAUAUGAGCCGCUCUUCCGGUCUCAUGACAGCGUCUGCAAUAACAGCAGACACCGGCUGUGAAUGCUAUGGCUGCCGCUAGUUCAGUCAGUCUAUUUGUGUGCCUGUUCUCCCUGCUGAGCGUGGUCAGCUCACGAUAUGCCCCCAAUUGGGACUCUAUAGACAAGCGUCCCUUGCCGACCUGGUUUGAUGAGGCAAAGUUCGGUAUCUUCCUGCACUGGGGGGUGUUCUCUGUGCCGUCAUUCGGCAGUGAGUGGUUCUGGUGGAACUGGCAGCAAGAGAAGGGCAAGUCGUAUAUGGAGUUCAUGAGUAAGAACUACCCGCCCGGCUUCUCCUAUGCAGACUUCGCCCCGCACUUCACCGCAGAGUUCUUUGAUCCGGACUCGUGGGCGCAGCUCUUCCAGAGGGCCGGGGCUAGGUAUGUCGUUUUGACAACAAAGCACCAUGAAGGCUUUACUAACUGGGGCUCUCCUGUUUCCUGGAACUGGAAUUCUGUAGACACUGGUCCACAUCGUGACCUAGUCGGAGACUUGGGAGCGGCACUAAAGAAGAGGAACCUGCAUUAUGGAUUAUAUCAUUCUCUGCUGGAAUGGUUUCAUCCCCUGUAUUUAUUAGACAAAAAGAAUGGCUUCAAAACACAAUAUUUUGUAUUUGCAAAGACCAUGCCCGAGCUGUAUGAUUUGGUAACAAGGUAACCAUGUCUGCUCUUUUCAAAAGGAUCCCCUGAUGCACCAGAUACUUACUGGAAUUCCACUGAUUUUCUGGCAUGGCUUUACAACGACAGCCCCAUUAAGGACAAAGUUGUGGUGAAUGACCGAUGGGGAAGUAACUGCUCAUGCCAUCAUGGAGGAUAUUAUAACUGUGCUGAUAAGUUCAGUCCCACUACCCUGCCUGACCACAAAUGGGAGAAAUGCACAUCCAUAGACCACUAUUCAUGGGGCUAUCGACGUAAUAUGGAGUUGUCUCAGAUUAUGGAUGAAGGAAACAUUAUAUCAGACCUUGUGCAGACUGUGAGUUUUGGAGGAAAUUAUCUCUUAAAUGUGGGACCCAGCAAAGAGGGCUUGAUCAUGCCAAUUUUUCAAGAGAGACUUCUCAAUAUAGGAAAAUGGCUGGACAUCAAUGGUGAGGCAAUUUAUGCCUCUAAACCUUGGCGAGUGCAGAAAGAAAAUACUACAUGCGGUGUUUGGUACACUUCCAAAGAAUCCGUUGUAUAUGGCAUCUUCCUAACAUGGCCUGAAGAAAAUCAGUUAAAGUUGGUUUCACCAAAAGCCUCUCCAUUUACCAAUGUGACCUUGUUGGGACUCUCAGGAGAACUGCAGUGGAAACCAGACCCAGAGUUGGGGCUUAUCAUUCAACUGCCAUCCAUUCCUCCUGGUGUUUUCCCUGUGGAAUACGGCUGGACACUCCGAUUGGAGGGAGUAAACUAAGUUUU